GAUCAUUUUCAUGAACAUUAAGCUUGACGAAUACUUCAUACUUCAGUGUACAAAAUAUGUACUUUGUAUUACUUUAGUUUUUGUUAAGGGUAAAAUACACCGAGAUUAGGGCAGUCUUUUUUCAACACUAAACGCGAUUAUUCACCGGAUGUGAAGUCGUACCUAACACUCUCAUAGCAUGUAGCCCAAAUAAUUCCUAGAGAGGUCUUGUGAUUUAACAAUCAACAGUAAAGAUGCUUUUAACCACUUUUUUUUUUUUUUUUUUCUUUUCAUUUUAAACCUCAAAAAGCAAAUUUAUCAGUUGCUUUUUGGAGGAGACUAACAAAGUAAUAAUAAUAAAGAAAAGAAACAGCUUUCCCAUUGAAUUAGCUCUUAAAAAAGACACUAACUAUUGCCUCAUCAUUCACCUUUUGAAACCAAAAAAUACAAAAAAAAGUUUCAUUCAAUUUCAUAAUUCAUUAAUCUCUUCCACUUCUACCAAAUAACAAAAAAGUUUGUCCCCUUUGUUAUUUUUUAGUACAAUAUAUUCUAUAAACUACUCAAGUAACUUCAAAUAAAUUAUAAUCCUACAUUAAGAAAUUAUUGCAAAAGAUACAGUACAAUGUAAUACAACUCAAUCAUUUAAGUAAUUAACAUAAAUAUAUACCAACUUUAUCAAAAGUAAGCUAAAAAAAUACAAAGUGGGGUGGUGCAGUAUUACACGAUUACAGUACCUUGAAUCUGAAUUCACCAGAAAGCAAUGAAAACAAGAGCCACCAUUGCAGAAUUCAGUACAACAGAUAGUUUCAAGGCGAGAGCAGAGGAUUCCGGUAUCAUGGACGCUGUAGGGGACAUGGAGGAAGGCAGUGAUGAAUCAGGAUUAGGGGUGGAGAGGGAGUCAGGAUUAGGGGGGCUUGGACUUGAAGGAAUGAUUGGAAGUGAGGAUUCCGAUGAAGGCGGGUUUGAGGCAGAGGUUGGUGUAGUAGGAAACAGAGGAGCAAUAUCAGGUGAUAAUGCAGGGGAAACAGAAGAAAGAGGAGAGUAUGGCAGUACACUUGGUUCAGCUGCUAUAGUUGACAGCUUAAAUGUUGUAGUUUUAUGUGUUGUGUAUGCAUUGCAGCAUGUUAUGUAA